GCGGUGUUUCCUGUGUGACCGUUUCCGCUUCCUGGGGUCGGCGCGUGCUGCUUCUUGUUCGCUGGUCUGGAGUUUUUUUUUUCUUCCUUGUGGUGCGUUGCUCGGAGCUGUAGGGAUGAUGAUGAUGGCGGAGCUGGUGCAGGGACAGGCCUCGGUGGCUCAGCCCGGAAUGAAGGCGGACGGUUUCGCCGACGCUCUACAUCGAGCCCGACAGAUUGCAGCAAAAAUGGGUGGUGAUCAGAUGUCCCACUUGAACAACACUUCACCGGUUGUAGACCCUUCUCUGUACGGCUACGGAGGGCAGAAGCGGUCCCUGGAUGACGGGGUGGGUAACCAGCUUGGUGGAAUGGUGCAUCAAAGGGCUAUCAUGACAGAAGACUUCAAAGUGCCUGAUAAAAUGGUGGGAUUCAUUAUCGGCAGAGGAGGAGAACAGAUCACAAGAAUUCAGCUGGAGUCGGGCUGCAAGAUUCAAAUCGCAGCAGACAGCGGUGGAAUGAUGGACAGGCCCUGCACUCUGACUGGAAGCCCGGAGAACAUCGAGCAGGCGAAGCGGCUGUUGAGCCAGAUCGUGGAGCGGUGUCGGAACGGGCCCGGGUUCCACAGUGAGAUGGACGGGAACAGCGCGGUGCAGGAGAUCCUCAUCCCCGCCAGCAAGGUUGGCCUGGUCAUCGGCAAGGGCGGGGACACCAUCAAGCAGCUUCAGGAGAGGACAGGGGUGAAGAUGCUGAUGAUUCAGGACGGGCCCAUGCCUACGGGCGCAGACAAACCCCUCCGAAUCACCGGGGAUCCCUACAAAGUGCAGCAAGCGCGAGAGCUGGUGGUGGAGAUCAUCCGCGAUAAGGACCAGGGCGAUUUCCGGGCCGGGCGGAAUGACUUCGGCUCCCGGCUCGGCGGCAGCAGCAUAGACGUAGCUGUCCCGAGGUUCGCGGUGGGGAUCGUCAUCGGCAGGAAUGGGGAGAUGAUCAAGAAGAUUCAGAACGACGCCGGUGUGAGGAUCCAGUUUAAGCCAGAUGACGGUAUCAGCCCUGACCGAAUCGCCCAGGUGAUGGGGCAGCCGGAGCGAUGUCAGCACGCGGUGCACCUCAUCAACGAGCUGGUCCACACCGCACAGGAGAGGGAUGGAUUUGGGGGCCCCGCCGGGCCCCGGGGCCGGGGCAGAGGCCGCGGGGAGUGGAACAUGGGGGCCCCAGGGGGGCUGCAGGAAGUGACAUACACGAUACCCGCCGACAAGUGCGGCCUGGUGAUCGGGAAAGGUGGGGAGACCAUUAAGAACAUCAACCAGCAGUCCGGGGCGCACGUGGAGCUGCAGCGGAACCCCCCGCCCAACACCGACCCCAACGUGCGCAUCUUCUCCAUCCGGGGCACCCCCCAGCAGAUGGAGCUCGCCCGACAGCUGAUCGACGAGAAGAUCGGGGGCUCGGGGCUGAGCAGCAGCAGCAGUUUUGGGCUGAACCCCUUCUCCCAGGGCCCUGCUACACCUCACCAAAACGGACCGCAGACCUUCAUGACGGGCGGCUGGGGGACAACGUACCAAACAUGGCAACCCCAGGGCCAGCAGGACCCCAGUCACAAUGGAUCCCAGGUGGGACAGAUGGAUUAUUCCAAAGCGUGGGAGCAGUAUUAUAAAAAACUAGGUCAGCAGAGCCAGGCCCAAAGCAGCGGCCCUGACUACAGCAAGGCCUGGGAGGAGUACUACAAGAAACAGAGCCAGGCUCCAGGGCCCGCCUCCCAGCAGAGCUCCCCCCCGGACUACAGCGCAGCCUGGGCCGAGUAUUACAGACAGCAGGGGGCGUACUACGGGCAGGGAGGCCAGCCUGCGCAGGCCCAGGGCCUUCAGGAACAUUAGAGUGGAUUCCCUUUAGUUGAAGAUUUUUUUUUGAAUCGCUGAGAGGAUGAAAAACAAAACCUUUUAUAACAGAGGUUUCUAGAUUUGCAACGCCUUGAAGACUUUUACUUUUUUUCUUAGUGAGAAACACUAGCUGUAGAAUGACUUAUACAAUUAAAAAAAGAAUAAAAAUAUUUCUAAAUCAGGAACAUUUAAUUGUUACUAAAUACUUGUGUACACCAUUAUUUGAAUGGACAAUUUCCGGGAUCCCUUUUGGAUUUGAGUGAACAGUUUUGUUUUUCAAAUACUUUUUUUUUUCUUUUCUUUUUUUCUUUUUUUUUAAACCGAAAUAUGAAAACACCAAAACGUACCCCGGAAUUGUAACAUUUCAGAAAAACGCAAUAUAAUCUAUUUUUUCUAGUUCUGUUGCAAUAAAAUCGUAAUUAUGGGCUUAGCAGUCUUGAGUUGCAUUAUUGUCCUUGUUGUUUUUUUGUCAUGAAAGAACAGAUGUUUUAAGAAUGUGUAAAAAGGUGUUGUCUUUUACUUUUACAUAACGCAUUUUAAUUCAGUGAGACGAAACUGUGAUAUUUUGUUACAGGAAAGGGUAUUCUUUUGUUACAAAAUACCAGGGGAGAUGUCAGCGUAUGGCAGUAAAUUCCUAAUGUAAUUCCUGUUUCUUGGCUUUGUAUUCUGUUAUUCGGUAUCAUUUUUAUUGUACUUCUGGUUUAAAAAAGGUGCAAUAUCUUAUUUCAUUUUUGAAACAAAGAUGGAUUCUAAUAUUUUGACAAACGUUAACUUGUAGUUUCUUAGAUUAUUUUUUUAGGCAUUGAAAAUGUAAUGGAUAAUUUUUUUAAAUUACAGUGAUCUGGUAUGGGAAAUGGGGGGGGUAUUGCAUUUUGCGCAAAUUCUUUUUUUUUUUGCCUUUGCUAUCUUGUUAAACUGUGUGUGUAUGAUCAAAUACUUGACUAAAUACUUUAUUUAAAAUAUAUAUUAUAUAUAAUUGAAUCAAAGAGUUUUUCAUGGAGUCAUUUUCACAGGAGAAAAACUGUCCCUAUGUUCUGUGUUCUUUUCAUACUGAAAAUGUUCAAAGAUCGUGAAUGUGCUAUUUGAAAUUCGAUGUUGCAUCUUGCUUGUAUGGACAAAAAUAAGAGAUGAUAGAUUUUUUAUGUGUAUUCUGUGCUUCAAGCUCAAGACUGCUAAGCCUCAAUUGGAUCCUACCUGUGUAAUGAUUAAUAGUAGUUUUUUAUAUUCUAAGUAUUGAGAUCAAAGUUGUCUUAUUUGGUACCAGCCAGAUCCCUCAAUGCCCCAACCAGUACACACUGUGGACUCACUUUAAGUCCAAUGCUAAUACCUUUUUAAUUAUUUUUCUUUCUACUAUGUGUGAUCUAAUGUAUGUAUGAUUGACUAGUUACAAAAUGAAUCUAGUAUUAACUGCAUUGCCUAAUGAAAAGGGAUAUUAUAAUUUCAAAAAUGUUUAAUUUUAGUGUUUUUUUUUCCUCAUGUACAGAUAACAGUGUAUUAAAAAAAAAAGUCGAAAGUAACUGUUUCUGCUGAAAUGUUUGGGGAGGGGGUAUCUUUGCUUUCUUUGGCUUGGUUUUAAUUUGGGCACAUUCCAAUGUGUAAUAUGCCGUUUGUGAGUUUAAAAUCAGGGCUCCUUGGGUUGGUCCAAGACUUAGUCUAUAAAGGCAAUCUAUACAGUAUACUGAAGAUAUAUACAGAAUUUCAUGUUCUACAAAAAUAAAAAUGUUUAUUCCCUGUA